ACGCGUACGCCUCCAUCUUUGUCUGUCUUUCCCCCCAGCUCAGAGCGCGACGUGAGGAGGGUUUCGAGACAACGCGACAUCUCCACCAACCUAUACGUACGGAGAUAAUUAAAGUGACGCUUCGAUAGCGACGGUAGAGAUGAGACCUAGCCUGGCGAACUCACGGCCUACAGGCGAGAACUUCUCAUUGUAUGGUUUGGAUGUGACGGAUCCAUUCGCGCCACGACGUAGUUUGUGGGUUUCAUUUUCAAAUGCUAUCCUGGCAACAGCCCUCUUUAGGUGUUGGCAUAUCCUCAUAUUUUUCGGUGCUUGGUCGACCGCUGUGUGUGUUAUUAGCAAUAAUGUCUACAGUCUUGCGAUACAGCCCACCCUUAUCACGGUGUUUGGAACUGUUCUCGGAUUCGUCAUCUCUUAUAGGACAACAUCUAGUUUUGAACGGUAUAAUGAAGGAAGGAGACUAUGGUCCCAGAUAGUCCUCGGCAGUCGUACAUUCGCCCGUACGGUGUGGUUUCAUGUCCCAGACGACGAGCAAAAGUCACGCAUUCUGAUCGAGAAAAAGACGGUUGUCAAUCUUCUAGAGGCAUAUGCCGUGGCAAUUAAACACUACCUCCGCGGGGAGGACGGGAUUUACUAUGCUGAUCUAUACCAUCUUGUAAAGUUCCUACCGUCCUAUGCACUUCCCCCGGGUAUACCUUCAGCUUUAGAUCUCUCAGAGAGUGCGGACGCACCGUGCACGAAUUCUGAUCAAUUAGGGAACGCCCCUGGGUCCCCUCUCUCGGCACAUUUUGCGCCUUCUGUGCUCUCUAAUAGGCCGUCUGCAUCAAAGUCCCAUCUGCCCCUCCCGUCGACGACACGCACAAGGACGACGUCUUUCGCGCAACCCUCUAUCCGAAUCAAUGGACAUAGCGAAGGCUUACCUAGAGGAGGCGAGAAAAUGUCCACGGGACCUGGCGACGAUGCGUCUCUGUUCCCAGCUCGCAUGCCACCAAGAUAUUCGCUCUUCGAUCUCUUCCCUUUCUCACUUCUCGUGCGCCAACUAACCAAAAGCGGCCUGGAGGUGAAAGGAAAGAAAGCAGCACGAAUGAGGGCAACGUUGCGGCACCAUAGCGUAUCGCAUAAUAUUCCACUGGAAAUCUCAUUUUAUCUUAGUUCGUAUAUAUCUGCAUUACAGUUCCGUAAGGGCGCCGAGGCACCCACUAUCAGCUUACUGCUUGCCACUCUUGGUCAACUGGUAGAUGCAUUGACAGGAUUGGAGAGGAUCCUCACGACUCCGAUACCUUUUUCGUCUGUAACUUGUCUUUCUGUCGGAUUCUCACAGCUGAAAUUAGCGCAUCUGCUUAGAUAUUCCAUACAUCUUUGGCUCGUAACCAGUAUCUAUUGUGUGGCAUUGCCAUUUCAAAUCUGGUUAGCUUUGAAAUGGCUGACCAUUCCCGCCACUGUAAUCGCAAGUUUCAUAUUUUUUGGUUUCCUCGUUGCCGGAGAAGAGAUCGAAAGUAAUGAACUCCGGGCGAUCACUGCACUGCCGGCGCCAGAUCCCGCGGUGUGGGCUUUCUCCCCGGAGAAUGACCUGCUGUUCGCUUCGAGGAACGAGGAACAGAAAGUGUCGCCUGUAGAGUGGCUGCAACGAGGCCUCCCUCAGAUGCAGGCGGCCCUGUCACUGGUAACCAGCAUAACAUUUGGUGUGGUAUAA